GUGAUGUGUUCUGGGCCAGAUCGACACUUAUAAUAGUGAGCACGCCAAUCUGUAGCACCAUCACGCACAUAUUCUUUGACAAAAGAACAGACAGACAAGUUUUCGGCAUUGGAGGAAACAAAGAGAAGAAUGGGUUGGAAGGAUUACAUCCCGUUUGAGCCGCUGGUGAUGAUUGCAUGUCAAUUCAUGUAUGCGGCAAUGAUUCUCGUCACUAGAAAGGCUCUUUCGGAAGGCCUGAGCUCUCUGGCCUUUGUUGUGUACCGGCAGUUUAUAGCCUUCUUCCUUCUUGCUCCUCUCGCCUUUUUCACAAGGCGGGGGCCGAACGCCAGUUCUAUGGGAUGGAAGAACUUCUGGUUGAUAUGUUUGCUAUCUUUAGUUGGUAUCACACUUAAUAUGAACUUGUAUUUUGGAGGGUUGAGUCUAGCCUCAGCGUCGGCAACAAGUGCAUUGGGCAAUUUGCUGCCCGCCAUCACCUUCAUUAUGGCCUAUACCAUAGGGUUAGAAAAGCUCCAUCUCCCAAGCGCAAGAAGUGUGGCGAAGAUCAUCGGAACCAUAGUAUGUGUCUGUGGCGCUGUCGCCAUUGCGCUAUUAAAAGGCCCUAAGUUAUUGAACGAUGAAUUUCUACCAAUUAGACCUGCAUUUUUACAUGGAGAUCACAACCAAUGGUUGCUAGGUUGUUUAUUGGUCUUCGGCAGCUCUUGUUCCUGGUCGCUUUGGCUAAUUCUCCAGGUCCCUGUAUCAAAGAGCUACCCUGAUUAUCUUUCAUUAACAGCAUGGAUGUGUCUGAUGGGAGGAGUGCAAUCUGGAGUGGUGACGUUGAUCGUCGAACCCAAUAUGAAAACUUGGAAUCUCAAUUCCCCAUUUCAACUAUUUUGCUGCUUCUUUGGUGGUCUGGGAGCAGCAGUAACUUUCCUUGGACAAUCGUGGUGCAUUGAAAGGAGAGGGCCGCUCUUCUCUGCUAUGUUUCAGCCUCUCUCCACUGUCAUCGUUACGCUCUUUGCUUGCCUAUUUCAGCACGAAGAGAUGUACAUGGGAAGCUUUAUAGGUACAUUAGCUGUAAUCACGGGGCUGUACAUUGUGCUGUGGGGCAAAGCCAAAGACCACGAAGAUGUGAGUGGAGAGACAGGUCAUGAAACAACUUUGUCUGCUGAAGUUUCGGACAACGAAAGCUGCACGAUUGAUUUGAAAGAGCCACUUUUGCCUGGAAAAUAGCUGAACUUUGGACGUCAAUUAGGGUUUAAAAUCAAUCCUACGAGACAUAGAAAUUACGUGAACUUUUUACUGUAUCGGAUUAUAUAUUUAAUUACUUUUACAGACUGCUUUUGUCUUUUGUA